AUGUUCCAAUCAAUAAUGCCGCGCACAAACUUUGCUAAUCUCUCCUACGAGCUCAUCUCAAAAGUCGUGGAAUUUGGGACGGGCGACGGUACCGAUGCUGCCACGGGGGCCAUUGUGCCACCGAGUGCCACCGGGUUACUCGCCGCGACCCACGUAUGUCGCAGUUGGAGAGAAGCCACCGUACACAACGCAACCCAUUGGAGGAAUAUUUGGAUGGGAAGUUUGGACUCGGUGAGAACGAUGCUGGCACGGACACUGCGAUUGCCCGUCGCCGUAGCCGGCUCGUUGUCGACGGAGGCAGACGGGAGAAAGCUGGCCGUAGUCAUGAACCAAAUAUCGCGCGUACGGUCUCUUACUCUGAAGGCUACCUCUGAGGCUUUGCGAGCGUUGGAUGGACGAAAGAGAGGGGAUGCAUUGAUCUUGGAGAGUCUUGCGAUCGAGAGGGUGGACCGCGACGAGCGCGUCGACCUGUCUUGCUUCGCGUCGCCAAAGCUGCGACACCUGGACGUGUCAAAUUUCGACUUCGAUGAGUUCCGGACGCUGCUAAGUCCCUCCAUUACCAGCCUACGAAUCGCCGGCGCCUGUGUCUCCACCACGACCGGCGAAGUGGUACAGCUUCUCCACCAUCUUCCCAACCUCGAGUCCCUCGAACUCAAGGUCAACCUGCUACCCACCGUCAAAGAGGAUGCGUUGGUCCGGACGACUUGCCUUGAAGGAUUACGUCGCGUUGACAUGGCCAUACAAAGUGUCGGGGAAGCAGAACUCCUGGCGUUUGUCUCGAUGCCACAUGUUGAGUUUAUGCGGCUCUCGAUUUUGUGCGAUGACGACUUGCAGGAGGUCAUGGAGCUGGUACGACGGCGGUUCGAGGGUGACGGUAGGACGGAAUUUGGGGGAUGCACGUUCUAUGCGCCCAACCCCACCAGCCUCCACGUGGCGUUGACACCGGACGUACCUGGACCUGAUUUCCCACCUCAGGUCGGGACGUACCUGAUCUUCGACAAUUUCGAAGAGUGGGACGAAUAUCGGGUGGUUGACGUUCUACGUAUGAAGUUCGGACCAACCCGUACUGCGGCCUGGAUAUCCGCCGUUGAGCAUCUCAGCAUACGGAAUGCUCGCGCCUACACCGAGAUAUCCACGCGAAGCUGGACGACACUCUUCAAGACCACGCCGAACAUCACGACACUUCAUAUCUCGCAUCGGGGCACGUCCGUAUUCCCGAUGGGUCUUUACUACCAGAAACCCGUCGAUGAUCUAUGGUAUAGGCGGCCGCUAUUCCCCCGGCUCGAGUCGCUCGACCUGGAAGGCGUCUGGUUCCGUUGCUCGUCUCGGCUGUCGGAGCAGGACCAAGGCGACUUUCUGGAGCGCCUGAUAAAACCCUUCAAUCGCUGCGACACUACGCAACACAUCAAAGAAUUUACCAUUCGCGAGUGUAUCAAUAUCUUCCAAGAAGAUCUCGAGCUCUUGCAGAUAGUCUCGCGCAAUGUCCAUUGGGACGGGGUGGAGAUAUUCAAGGCGAGGAAUGACACCUUUGAGGAGGGUGUGGACUUUGACCUUUACGACGAGGAUGAUGAGACAGACGGUGAGUUUGAAGAUGGGGGGCCUGAAGAAGGGGAAGUCGAAGAAGGGGAGGUUGAAGAAGGGGAAGUCGAAGAAGAGGAGCCUGAAGACGAGGAGCCUGAAGAAGGGGAGCUCGAAGAGGGGAAUACUGAUGAGGGCGUGCUUGAAGACGGGGAGCUCGAAGACGGGGAACAGUCCUUGAGCGACGAUGAACACAACGAUGAGAUUUCAGCUUCCUCCGGGCAAAAGGCUGAUGACACGCACUCGGGCGCCAGAGGUGAAGACAUCACGCCGCCCGAAUCGGCUGCUGUCCUCAAGACUAAGGAGAAGUAA